GCUGACCCACCCACCAGCCAGGGCCAGGAAGGUAGUAGCUCCUGACUCUCAGCCUGCCGCUUUCCACUCCUCUCUCCAGUUCCCCUUCCUGGAGGAGGCACAUGCUACCUGCGUUCAGUCAGCCAUCUUGAUCCUAUCCUGCCUGUUGAUCAUUUAUGUUGUAAUUGAUCCUUUAUCUGCUCACAGUCAUGGAUCAAUUUUCCUCUGCUACGUCUCAUGAUGGAGAACACCAAGAUUUGGCCUCCAGCUUUAGUGCAUAUUUUAACAACUUUAGGGUGGGAAGCAAAAUCAUCUCUAAGGAAACUACUGUAUCGAUCGAGUCACACUUGAGAAAUGGAAACAUUGUGGCAGCACACUCUGUAAUAGAGGAUGCCUUAAAGGAAAUUGAUAAUGCUACACUGAACAUCGCUGUGACAGGGGAGUCUGGAGCGGGAAAGUCCAGUUUCAUCAAUGCCCUGAGAGAGCUUGGACCUGAAGACGAAGGUGCGGCUCCCACUGGGGUGGUGGAGACCACCAUGGAGAGGAAGCCAUACAAACACCCAAAGUUUCCCCGUGUGACACUAUGGGACCUGCCUGGCAUUGGAAGCACGAAUUUCCAGCCAAAAGAUUAUCUACAGAAAGUACAACUUGUUGAAUAUGACUUCUUUAUUAUUGUCUCUGCUACACGCUUCAAGAACAAUGAUAUACAACUGGCUAAAGUGAUCAAAUCUAUGAAGAAGAAUUUUUACUUUGUGAGAUCCAAGGUGGACUGUGAUUUAAGAAAUGAACAGGAGAGUAAACCAAAAUCGUUUAAUAAAGAAAAAGUCCUGCAGCAGAUGCGAAACAACUGUCUUCGCAUUUUCAAUGAGAAUAAGAUUGAUGAAGCACCAGUCUUCUUAAUCUCCAACAGAGAGUUAUCCAAGUAUGAUUUCCCAAUCCUGAUCGACACCCUAUCAAAGGAUCUCCCUGCUCAAAAGCACCACAUUUUUAUGCUUUCCCUGCCCAAUAUUACUGACGCAGCCAUUGAAAGUAAGAGGAAUUCUUUGGAGCAGCAUAUUUGGCUAGAAGCCUUCAGAGAUGCAUUAAAGGCUACAGUGCCUAUCAUCAGCAUCUUCAGUGACAGCGAAGAGAAAAAGCUCAAGGAGAUCUUAAACAACUAUCAAGUUCUCUUUGGAGUGGACGAUGAAUCCCUGCAACAUUUGGCUAAGCAUUUGCAAGUACCUGUGGAACAACUUAAAGCAGGCCUUAAAUCUCCAGGUUUAUUGAAGAAGAAGAAAGAAUUAACAGGGAACACACUUAAGGGAGUUAUGAAGAAGUUAUUUUCAGUUUUUGGAGGUGUCAUAAGAGGAGUUUAUUACUUUGGGAAAAUCUACUACUUGCGAUUUAAUUUCCUUGACACAGUGGCCAAUGAUGCCAAAGUUCUCCUUAAGGAGACAUAUUCAAGAAAAGUUUGAUUUCCCAUUAGACUAAAAUUCUCUGGAUGUUGAAAUCCAAAUUCAUGAUGCUUAUGGCCAUCAUAGCAGAUGGCCAUAAACAACAUAAUGAGCUUAAUGGGGUUGUCUAGGCUUCAAGGCAUACUUACAGAUUGCAUAUCCCUGGUAGCUGGACCACAGGUAUGGCUCAUCUUUGUAUAGGUCCUCAUAGGCAAAGAGCUAAGUACCCCUCACUCACUCCCAGUAAAUCACCAUAUCAGAUGAUUUCCCUUUUGUCAUAAAAGUGUUUUAUAUAGCUGCCACCUUGGCAUCCAUUUUUAGGCCUCACAUAAGUUGUUUAAAAGUCAGUUCUACCCUGUUACCUUCGCCCUAGCCGAAAUUCCCAUACAGAAACCACCUCUGGUUGUAUAACUUGCUGUUCCUUCAUCUCACUGACCCAAGCCCAAUACACCCCACAGCUGUUGUCCAUAGUAAAGCCUAAAGGCCAACAUUAGAGUCAUGUAAAGAUGUUCCCCCCUCACCUUCUCACAUGUGUUCUUUAAAGUAGUGGAUCCACAAACCCCAUGGAAAUCCCUAAAAGCUAUAAUGCCCAUGGAUUGUAAUAAAUGCAGAGGCCACAGGUUCUUUCCCUUCUUGCUCUCUACUCAUUGGGUGAGCUCCCUGCCACCUCUUUACUUCCUAUCGUCCUCCUGUCUGCACCCCUAACCUCUCUGGGAACCUGUGAGUAAUCAAUUUCUUCUGUUUCAUGCAUCUUGGAUUUGCCUCCUCAUUGUGUGUUGCCUGAAACACACUCCUAAACCUAACUUUCCCCUCAUCAGGGCUGUCCUGGAGAGCACUUAUCUUGCCUUAUGGCCACUCUCAACACAGGGACCUCAAGACCAAAGUAGAAAGAAGCCAUAACAAUUGAAAGCAAAACAACUCUGAUCAAUGAUUAACCAAUUUCCAAGAAUCCCAUUUAGUCAGAAUCCUCCUUGAGAAAAUAACUAAAGAAAAUCUAUAAUUCUAUGUGGAAACAGUGGGGAACCCCAUGAGAUUUCUUUGAUUGAUGACCAUCACUGAUUGUCAUGAUUGCGAGGAUUUGCUUUAACCUAUAUCAGAUACCAAUAGGUGCUUAAUAAAUGCUUGGUGAAAAAAGGUACAUGAUGUUAGUAUUGGACAUUCUCAAUAAACCCACGAUAGCUUCAUAUUGA